UAUGACAGAGCUGCCCCUGCCACCACAAUCUUUAACAAUUUCUACAUCACUGUAAUAGAGGAACCCAGAAGGACAGUACGGUAUAUUUAGGCAGAAAUUUAAUUCACUUUCAGCUGCGAACAAAGGAUAACUGCGAACAAAGGAUAAGAAAUAGAUGAGUAGUCAGAGCCCCAGUCUCUCUGUCCACGAUAAAAUUGAUACCGUUUUGUAAGGGCCUGUUCUUCCCCAGAAUUCUCAUUUCUCACUGGAAUAUUUUCACCCAAAUCGCCGGAACCCGUAUCAAGAGAUGGGUUUGCUCCAAAGCCAAUGAGAACUACGAUGGGAGAUAAGCCAGAUCAAGUCUCUAGCGAACCAUCUGCCGGCAUGUCCAGCCUCCGGCGAGCCAUUGAGAUAUUAUCCUCGUUGAUUUCAGUGUCUCACUCAGUCAAAGUCUUUGCAGCAAAAUGGCAAUCGAUUCGGGGCAAGCUUGAGGAGCUCAACGCCGGCUUAAUCGCCACGGAGAACUGCGAGUACUCCAGUGAAAGCCCAGCGGUGGCAGGCUUAGCAUCUGCCAUAUUUGUCACUGCUAAUGAAAGCUACGACCUGGCUCGCCGUUGCGUUGAUCUCUCUUAUAGCGGCAAGCUUCUCAUGCAGAGCGAUCUGAACGUUAUACUCACGAAACUUGAUCGGUUCUUGAAGGACCUCUCUGACUUGUACACAGCCGGUAUUUUGACUCAUGGGUAUGCGUUGGUUGUUUCAAAGCCUGGUCUUGGUGCGUGCAAAGACGACAUGCGGUUUUAUGUUGGAGACUUAGGGACAAGGAUGAAGGUCGGCGAUAAGGAAAUGAAAAGGCAAGGCUUGGUUAAUCUGUACGAGGUUGCGGUCGAAGACGAGAAAAACGUGAAAGUCAUGUUGGAAGUGGAUGAUGUUGUGAACGUGUUAGUGAAUUCUCUCGACUCACCAGAGACGGAGAUCCAAGAAGAGUCUGCGAAGGUGGUCUCGGUGAUUGCGGGGUUCGAUUCGUAUAAGGGGGUUUUGGUCGGAGCCGGAGUUAUUAAUCCGUUGAUUCGGGUUUUGGAGUGUGGGAGUGAGCUGGGGAAAGAGGUUGCCGUAAGGUGUUUGAAGAAACUGACAGAGAAUUCGGACAACGCGUGGUCUGUCUCGGCUCAUGGGGGAGUGACUGCGCUGUUAAAGAUUUGUGCUGGUGUUGAUUUUCGGGGAGAGUUGGUUGGUCUUGCUUGUGGGGUACUGAUAAAUCUCAUUGGAGUUGAAGAAAUAAAGCGGUUUGUUGUUGAAGAAGGUGCUAUUUCCAUGUUUAUCAAGCUUGCAAGGUCUAAAAACGAAGCAUUGCAGAGGAUAGCAAUUGAAUUCCUUCAAAGUAUAGCAUUUGGAGACGACUCGAUUCGGGAAAUGGUCAUUAGAGAAGGAGGAAUUCCUACAUUAGUACGUAUUAUAGAUCCUGAGUGGUCGUAUUCCUUGAAAACCCGGGAGAUAGCAUUGAAAGCAAUCGAGAAUCUGUGUUUCUCGUCCAAAAGUGCUGUAAAAGGCUUGAUGGAUUAUGGGUUUGUGGAUCAUAUAAUGUAUUUUAUUAGAUAUGGGGAAGUUUCUGUUCAAGAAUUGGCCAUGAAGGUGGCGUACAGGCUCUGUGGAACAUCAAAGGAGGCCAAGAAAGCGAUGGGUGAUGCUGGGUUUAUGACUGAGCUUCUUAAAUUUCUCAAUGCUAAGUCAUUUGAAAUUAGGGAAAUGGCAUCUGAGGCACUCUCCCGCAUGAUCUUGCUGCCCAAAAAUCGAAAGAGGUUUGUCCAGGAUGACCGGAAUGUUGGGUUACUGUUGGAGAUGCUUGACUCUCAGGAAGGACAUUCAGGCAGCAGAAGUUUCUUGUUUUCCAUACUAAUGUCAUUAUCAAGCUGCAAGAGUGUCAAAAGAAAGAUUUUGAAUUCUGGGUAUCUAAGAAACAUAGAGGAACUUGCACAAGCAGGAGUUUCGGAUGCUAAAAGACUUGUCAAGAAGUUAUCCACAAACAGAUUCCGCAGUAUGUUGAGUGGAAUCUGGCAUUCUUGAAUGUAAUAUUUUUUUUUGUUUCCUAUCUUUUACUUCUUCUAUUCCUCUGGAAUCUUUUUUAUAGGUGUAAAUGUGCACAAGUGUUUGCCAA